AUGCAGCUGUACAACAGUGUGCUGACACACUACCCGAGGUCGUCUCGCAAAGUUACAAUAACUUUAUCGGCCGCGUCUGAGCGCCUGAACGGGGCAACAGCGAGUCCCCCCGAGGCCGAUAAAGCAGGAUUUACACACCCAGGAACAACUUCAGCCACCAACGAGGAUCCGGUGAGGGAGCCUGCUGCCUCUUCCGCAAACAUGCCUGCUUUUUCAUGUUAUGAAGCCUCCUCUAUGAGGCCGAUUUACUUCACAUCGACUGCUGAGAUAUUAAUCCGCCGACCUGAUGGGGUAGAGAGGUCCGUGCCGGUCCAUAUAGUCAGGGAGUCCAAGACCAAACCACCCUCUCCUGACUCUCUUAGUAAUGGUGAAAGUAUUCUGUAUAAUGGCUGUGACUCUGAUGUGAUUGUGGACUUGAUAGAUCACAUCAGAAAUGGGACAGACGGCUGCCAAGAGCUGGUUGGAGACCAUUUUUUCAACAGUAGCAGCAUCUGCCGACCCAGACUAGAAGAAAACAGGAGGAUUGUUGGGAUUUCAAGUGAGGUUGAUACCACUUCAGUGAGUCAUCCACCCUUCAGGAGCAAUGGAUGGUCCUCGAUGAAUCAAGAGGAGGCACUUCCCCCCAGGGCAGCUCACCCUGAAGACCCCAUAAAGGCAGAUUUUAUUGCCCAACCUGCUCCAGAAUCUGAGGACAGACGGGCCUUUGAACUCAGUGUUCUUCAAGAGUCACCGCAACAGAGAAGGGAAGAAAAAGAGGACAUCAACGAUAAAGUUACCAGGUACCUGGCUGAGGUGGAGAAACAAAACAACUAUCUCCAGGAAAGAGACAAAUUCAGGUACCACAUCAUUCCAGAUGGAAACUGUCUGUACAGAGCCGUGUGUAAGGCCACAUUCGGGGACCAGGCGAGACACUCAGAGCUGAGGGAGCAGACGGUCCACCACAUCGCAGACCACCUGGAUGAGUUCAACCCCAUCAUAGAAGGAGAUGUCGGCGAGUUCCUGAUCAAUGCGGCGCAGGAUGGCGCCUGGGCCGGAUACCCUGAGCUCCUCGCCAUGAGCCAGAUGCUGAACAUCAACAUUCACUUGACAACAGGAGGAAGCCUGGAGAGCCCAACAGUCUCCACCAUGGUGCACUAUCUCGGGGAGGAGGAUGCUGCUAAACCUGCAAUCUGGCUGAGUUGGCUUAGCAACGGUCACUAUGAUGUCCUUCUGGAUAACUCUCUCCCCAAUCCAGAGUAUGAGGACUGGUGCAGAAACUCGCAGAUGCAAAGGAAACGAGAUGAAGAACUGGCUAAGUCGAUGGCGGCCUCUUUAUCCAAAAUGUACAUUGAGCAGAAUGGAUCUGCAUGA